AUGACACCAGUACAAGUUCUAAAAUCUCCACAAAGAGAAGCUACAAGGAUGAACUUGCAUCAGGUAUGACUCAAACUGGUAUGAUAUUUUUGUACUGGUGUAGUGACCAGGUUAACAAAUACAGAGCUCAAAAUGGGAACUGAAUAAAUUGUGACCACUAUGAAUUAAAGUCAUACUGAAGCAACGUGAGCAGGUACAGGCUCUCCGCUGAAAUGGAACAGUGUGAGAUGCUGGGAAACUGCCUACCCACAGUACCCACCCUCCCCUAACCCAACAUUAACACUAAUUUUCUCUUGAGACAAAAUGUUGGGUUAGGGAGGGUGGUUGGGCUUUUUUUUCCCAGAAUUGUAUACCAAAACAGUUUAGCAGUAAUACUUUAAUAACACCCUUGAAUCUUAGUCAUGUGUACAUCCAAACCUAACCUAGUGGAUCACAAAAGUUCUCAUUUUUUGAAAUUCUCUUUUGCAGCUAGGAGAUCACAUUCAUUUGCCAUUGAGCAUUGAAGAAACAAGGUAUAAUAAAAAUUAUUGCCUAGAGCUAAAAGUGAGGUUAAGGUAGUCGAAUGCUUUUUACUCGUGUCUAUAAUGUUUACAAAUUGAUGAUGAUUUCUGUUUGUGUCCAUCAAUGCGUUCGUGAAGGUGGCCGUGAGUAUAACCAACAUAUCCUGCAUCGCACAGGUUACGUUGAAAUUGAUAAACUAAACAUUGUUGGUUAACAAUGGCUGGCUUGACUUCUUGAAAUUUAAGGUCUUCGUUGAGUUUGUAAACAUUAUCUUAGCGAACAUAACUCGGACGUACCACCUUUUCUUUCAGAACAAUUUCACGUGCUCACUAAAGGUUCUAACAAAUUUGAUUGCCUAAUUAAGGAGAUGCUCUUUAUAAGAAAACUCAAACCAUCCCUAAACGUGCAGGCGGACUCGAUUCGCGCAAAGGUAUUCACUUGAAGAACUUGUGAUCCUUUGUUAUUAUGCUAAUUUGUAGAGACUAUAGAAAUCAAAUCUUUGCAUUAUUUAUUCAUUUUGCCUUGAGAAUGGUGUCAUGAUGAUACCGAAAGGUUGGCUUUUAGUGUUAAUAUUCGCUUGCUUAUGUUUUAAGAAAUCGUUAUUGAUCAAAAAGUAAAGUCUGUAGUCGAAAACCCACUGCUUAUUAUACAAUAUUGCAGGAAUGGAAUUUGAUACUCGAGUAGAGAUAGCAACUAACAGGUUUAAAUUUCAAAUAAUCAGUUCGUUAUGAGAAUCUAUGAGGGUAAGCUUGACCAGGGUUGACUGUAAUACAGACAUAAAAGGGACAUGCAACAGACAAGCUUUACCCCAGAAUCAAAUCUUUAUAGUUAGCAACUUGUUAACUCUGGGUUAACACUAGAAUUAAGCAAUAAUUAUCAUUGUUUAAACAAAACACAUGCACACUGAAAAGAUGCCCAUGAAUUGAAACUUUAAAUUUAUUCCAUAGACCAAGCAGGUUAAUAAUAAUUAAUGAUCAAACGUUUUAUGGGAGGGACUGGGCUGAGUUCAGAUCUCAAAACUUAGCAGGGCUUCUUGUCUUUUUUUUUUUCUCACUUCAACUUAGACCUGGGCAGCAAGUGGAAGACUAUUUUUUUGAACUGCUCUCCACUAAUAAUGAGAUGGUAAGUCCUAUAUGCAGAGCUUGA